AGUCAUCUGCUACAUUUUCAAGCAGAAAUGGUUCUGUGAGGAUAGGAGGGAGGCAACCGCCCUGACGCAGUCCUCCCCUCCUGCUGCCUUUUAUAAGACCGCAGGUCUCCCAAAGCCAGUCUACACAGAAAGGAUGUGCUCCUUGUGCUGUCUCCGUGCCAGACCACAGACACUCCAGGUGCUGUGUGUGCAGAUCUGCAUGUUUUACUCCAGCAUUUGUCUGGUAAGCUGGCCACUGUGCGCAGAGACAGCUAAAGUCCGAUGUGGCUCUGACCUGCUCAGUGACCUCAUGUUUGUCUGUGGGGACCGUGGAAUCUAUUUACGUAAAGGCUUGUGGUCUGGUUAUGGCACUCGGUCCAGAGGGAAGGGGAUAGUGGAUCUGUGUUGCCUGUCAUCAGGUUGUGAACUUCAUCACCUUGAGAUGUACUGUGCUAAACCAAGGAGCCAACAGACCACAUAUUCUCCAUCCACAACAGUACAUGCCACUACACAGCCAAAUUUGUUCCAAGAAGUAUUUCAGAAAAAACUUUUACAGUACCUGGGACCUCCGAGCAGUCCGAAGAGGGAAGCAUACAGAAGGAAUUGGCGGCAUUCGCUUCGGCACAAAGUCAAAGUUUCACGGUCACUCAGGAGGAUGACUAACAAGUCAGCCGACUAACAAGUCAGCCGACACGAAACAACAAGUCAGCCGACUGCAGCCAAUAAGAGCGCACUUUAAAGAAUUAUGGGUUUACAGUCCGGAGUUUGAAGUUAAUAUUUAUACUCACAGAAGUCCUGUGGUAUAAAAACAAUCAAACAGUGUAUGUGUUUGAGUAUGUGCAGCGACCCAGACCUCUUAUAUGUUCAUAGAUAAAAGGUCACCUCAGAAACUUUAGAAAUGUAAUCAGACAGCAAACUUCCAGUAACACAGCAAUCCAUGUAUGGUUAAGGACAGUGUUUGGUUAACCCCUAGCCCCUUCAUGGAGAAUAUUUGGUUGUUUGUUACACCGAUUUAAAAAAAAGAAAAAAGUUGAUUUAGAUUAAAACAAAAGUUAGCUCUAACCUCAGACAGGCCACCAGUAAUUUGAUGAAUAAGUAAUGUUCAGGAAGAAGUUACUCCUUUAUGUACUUAUCAUUAUAGGCCUUCAUAUAUCUUCACGUUAAUGUGAUCUGUGCAGCUAAUGGAAAUAACAUUUGUGGGGAGAGAAACACAAAUUUACAAGAAACAAAUAACAGAAACAGAAGUGAUCUACUCAUAAAUGCACAAAAAUCUUAGAUUUUUUUAUAUCUAUUUUGAGAUGUUACCUCAUCCUAGAGCACCAUAAAUGCUUUUUCUUCUUUACAUACAGUAGACCUAAUUCUCCCACAUCUGCUCUAACCCAUGAAAACAUCUUCAGCUGCCCGAUUCUUCACUAUUCUUCUGUCUGUGCUCGUCUCUUGGUGUGGUGUCUGUUAAGAAACAUGUCAGCCACUAUACCGUAGUUAAUAGUUCUUCUAAGAUUUUUUAUGCACUCAUCAUCAGAAUCCGAACACUUUGUUAUAUACGCCACCUUCUGUGGAGUCAUUUGUAGUUCACACUUAUUUCGAUGGCACUUGACACUCUUGACUAGCUUUAAUAUUUGUUUGGGUAAAAGACAAAUUUUAUCCACUGUGUGUGUUUAUUGUUUAUGAACAUAUGUUGUGUAAAUGUCUUUAAAUGCAUUCAUUAUUUAUUUCACAAUGAGCACGUAACUAUAAUAAAUAUUAAGCCUUAUUCAUCUUUGGUGCUCUGUUAUGUUUUACAUUGUUUGGCUGUAAAAGUGAUUUCAGGUGUGACAACAGAGUAUUUUCAAAUCUCACGACAUUUUACGUUCAUAUAAUUCUAAUCAGAACUUGACACAACCUCCAGUUUCAGAGUGAUCUUAAGCUGCUGGCUCAUUUUACUUUGACAUAGCUACAGUUAUCACCAAAAGCCUUGAAGGUCAUCUCAGGCCUCGGUGGAUAAAUAAAGAGCUGCAAGUCUUACUGAUAGAUUUGUGAUUAAACAAAGUGUGCUUUCUUUGAGGCCAAGCUGAAGUUAUAACCAGGUGUUCUAUCUGCACAGGAGUGUCAGGAGCUAGAACUCUUAAGAGCGCCUCCUGCUGUAUCCGGAAGAGUGCAGAACCCUCAACUACACAUGCCGUAAUACUCCCACCACCAUUUAUGAUAGUUGAUGUUUGUCCUUCAGAUUAGGAGCCAUUUCCUUUCCUUGACAAUACUCAUCUCCCCAGUAUUUUGGUAUGAGUUAUCCUUGGUUUCAUCUCUCUCCAGAGGCUCUUUUAGAUGUUUUCUUCUACUCUGGCUUUCCUCAAACUGAGUAUAAUCAGCGGUUUGCACCUUGUUGUCAGCAUUCAUUAAACCUCUCUUCAUUGUAGACAAUGAUAUGCCUGCUACCAUCAGAGUGUUGACAGGUUAUUUUUUCUCAACCAAGGAACGAUUUUUGUAAUAGUGCACAUUUCAGGGCUUCACUUUUAUUCAGUAUGAUUCCAUUCAAAUUCUUAAUAUCUCUAAUCCCCACCAACAUGGAACUUUAGAGUAAAGACACCACGAUACUGGGAGAACCAGGGAGAACCAGGCUUUGAAAAGCCACAAGUGAAAAAAAAAACCCAGUCCCCAUCAGCCUAAACCUGUUGUAGCUUGGCCAAUAGUAGUGUAGUCAAAGUCACUUGAUCCAGCCCCUACUAUGAGGUUUGAGUGUUGUCACAUUGCCAUUCAGUUUGUGGGUUACAAACAGAAAAUGAUACAUGUAUUCUUCUCAUGCGUUAUUGGACUGGAUUAUUUCAACAAACUGAUGACAUUUUGCCCAUUAAUUAUUUGUAUCCUCCUGUAACUUUACUGUAUAAAGGGCUAAGACAUCCAAAGUUUCAGGAGUCAUUAUAAGUCAUUAUAAGAAGUGUCGUGAUUUGGA